AGUUUAAUAGAUUUAAUACAUUUUACUACCCAGCAAUUGCAGAGGUGGGUACCAAAAAUUGCAAGGAAGAGCAGCACGUCAACAUAUUUUUACUGAAGUAAAUGUAAAAAGUAGCAUCAAAGAAAGUACUCAAGAAAAGUACCAAGUAUUUGGUAAAAAGGCUGAGUAACUGCUGUUUAAUAUUUUAACUUUGCAUCAUAAACAGAAUCAAGAGAAUAUGUGGAUGCUUUUGGAAUUUUAAGGGCAAGAAUGAAAAUAAUUUAUAUGAUUAACGUAAUUACAAAAUUUCCAAAUCAAUUUAUUUAAGUAUAAAACUUAUGAGAGUUUAACAUAAACUGCAGAUGUUGUCUGGUGAAUUCUUUGUGAAAACAAGCGCAUUCUUCAGCCAGUGAAGGUACUCACAUUGGGCACAGUCGCGAUACUUCAUAAUAAAAUUACUGAAGUAAAAGUAAAGCGUUCAGUAUGGUAAAAACAAAUCCCAUUAAAGUGCAAUCUUUUCUAAAAAAAAAAAAAACAAAAAAAACUGCAAAUGUAAUUCUAACAAAUUACUACCCAACUUAGGCACAAUGUUUCAUAUCAACCUUGAAUUUCUGGGUUCUCGCAGGUACGUAUAAAAAGGGGCUCUUAUUUUGAAAUCCAACCGGAUCUGAAGGGUCUUAUUCCGUAUUUCUUGACAAAGGUCCGGGCAGUGGGAGGCUGUCAGUCGCAGUCUCCGCUCUGCCCGCAUCAUUUUCAGUAAUGUGACAGCGCAGCCGGAGCUGUGUCCCGGUCCGGAUCCCGUCCGCGUCUCACUCUCUGACAUCCGCUCAGGAUGGAUCAGAGGAGUGCUGAACCCGACUUCCAACCCUCUUCUACUCCAGUCACGUUGUACGGAGAAUUUACCCAGACCAGUAACCGGAGAGGCAGGUGGGCUGUAAACCUGACCGAGAAGGACCUCGUCGUCCAGAGGCUCGCGUCGGCACCUGUCGGCCGGAACAAAGUGGUGCUGAGUCUAAGGGACUGCGUCGGUUGCCGGGCUUACCGGGAGGAUGACAAGGCGGACACAUCGGCGUACUUUGCAGCCUACUUUUACCCACCGAGGAAGCGCCGCUGGAUGACUUCUGCUCCGUCGCGGCAGCGCGUGGAGCAGUGCUUUCGGCUAGCGGCGCUCCAGGACCCGCACGCGAACCUGGAGGAGGCAGAGAAGUGGGCUCGCGCCGUUCGAGAACGCUCUGCCCGGCAACAGCGCCUUAGAGACGGUGUGUUGCUGAAUUCGUUGCCCCAUCCUUGCCGGAUCCUGCUGUUCGUGAACCCGCAGAGCGGGAAAGGACAAGCCCUCACAUUGUAUAACGGCCACAUCCAGCGGAUGCUCAAUGAGGCGGGAGUCAUACAUAAACUCAUUAUCACUGAGAGGCAGAAUCACGCCCGGGAGCUGGUGAAAGACGUUGACCUGUCACAGUGGGACGCUUUAGUCAUCAUGUCAGGAGACGGACUGCUGCACGAGGUGAUAAAUGGUCUGCUGGAAAGACCAGACUGGGAGGAGGCCGCACGCACUCCUCUGGGUAUCCUUCCUGGAGGGUCAGCCAAUGCCUUGGCUGCAUCUGUGCAUUACUACUCUGGCGUCUCUCAGGUCAGAGGUGAGGAGCUGCUGGUCAGCUGUGGUUUCCUGCUCUGCAGAGGACUGGUGUCUCCCAUGGACGUGGUCUCCCUCCAUCUUUCCUCCGGCCAGCGGCUCUUCUCCUUCCUCUCCCUGGCCUGGGGCUUCGUGGCCGACGUCGACGUGGAGAGCGAGAAGUAUCGCCACGCCGGAGCCGCCCGGUUCACCGUCGGCACGCUGGUGAGGCUGGCGUCUCUCCGCAUCUACAAGGGUAAGCUGGCUUACCUCCCCGCCAGCAGGGGGCGCCACACGGACAAAAGUCUGCAGAACGGAGCGGCGGGACGCUGCAGAAAUCCCGCCUCCUGUUUGACUCAAACUUUGGAAGAAGACUUCCCAAAUAACACCUGCCACUCCAACAACUCCCUGAAGCUGCGGAGGUCAGAGGGCAGAUCACCUAGAAGUGCCGCCAAAGCCCUCCCUGGGCCUCCCGACGCCCUGCUGCCGCCUCUGGAUCAGCCGCCGCCGUCCGACUGGGUGCUGGUGCCGGAGGAAGACUUUGUCCUCAUGCUGGCCAUGUAUCAGUCCCACCUGGCCGAGGACCUCCUGGCGGCGCCAGACGCCCGCCUGACCGACGGCGUCAUCCAUCUCUUCUACGUCACGGCGGGGAUUUCUCGGAGCGCGUUGCUCCGACUGUUUCUGGCCAUGGAGAAAGGCGCACAUCUGGAGACAAACUGCCAGCAUCUGGUGCACGCGAAGGUGCGGGCGCUCAGGCUGGAGCCGGGCGCCGGGAAAGGGAUCAUAACGGUGGACGGAGAGGUGGUGGAGUACGGUCCGAUUCAGGCCGAGGUGCACGCCGGCCUGGGGAGGGUGAUCAGCGGAUGACAGGAACAAAAACACAAAGUCAUACCAAUUUUUUAUUUUUUUGUCUAGUUUUGAGUGCAAAGAUCUUAGGCUAUGUUUACAAGAGACAACUGCCUGGAAACCGCCGGUAUUUUCAGAUGUUAAUUGUGUCUCCAAAACGCCUCGAGUCAGCAGCUGUAGUUGUCAUGUCAGGCCACUAGAUGGCGCUGUGAUGUUAGCAUGCCAUCAACACGCAUGCGCUGCUACUUAGCUUCCACCUCAUUACAAACAGAAACCUGUCCCCCAAAAAUGAAAUCCUCAUGUAAAAUAUAAUCUCCUUAUCAGAACUUAUGUGAAGUUGAACAGAUUCAGCAGUAAAACAGCACAAGGCCGUUGUUCUGGGUUUUAUCUUCGUUUACAGAAAGAACGAAAAAUUCAUACAUUUUUCUAAUUUCAGAAAUUUACCGGAAAAAGCUUUCAAAAGUUAAAAUUUCUAAGUUUUCUUUCUCAAAAAUUUGAGAAAUUAACUUUAAAAUUUAGUUUUUCUCUAAACUAUUCAAACUCAGACAUUUUUGAGAAAAAACAAACAUUUCUGAGUAUCAAAAGUGAACAUUUUUCUACUUUUCAAAUUGAGAAUUGUCCAUGUUUCUAGAAAAUUUCUGAGAUUGAUCUCAAAAUUUCGACAUGAUUUCUAGCAAUUCUUUUGACUUUUAAACCUCAGAAAUUAUGUGAUAAACAUCAGAAAUAUUCUAUAAAAAACAUGGGCAUUUCUGAGUUUCAAAAGUCAAAAAUCAUCCACUUUUCAAACUCAAAAAUGUUUAUAUUUUUUCUAAACAAUUUCUUAGAUUAAUCUAAAAGUUUGUGUCUGAGUUUUUCUUGCAAGUACACAAACAUUUUUGCAUUUUUUCUAGUUAAUUUCUGAGUUUUCUGGGGAAAAUUUAAUUAUUUUAUUCGAUCUACAAUGGCUCCAAUACACCAUCAUAGAAUAAACGCUACGGCUGUGUGUUCUGCUCAUACACGCUUUCACACCUGCAGAAAACGUCACAGUUUCACUCUGAGAAAUGAUUUGAAAAGGCGGCGGUGAGAGAGGCUGGUUGGUUACUGGUGUCGUAUAAACGCACGACUGGACUGAAGCAAAUACGCUACGGUUUAACCGAGAAGCGACUCUGUGCUUGAAAUAAGACAAAAUUAACUUACAAGUAACUAAUCAACAAGAUCUAGGCGCUCGUUUUGAGUGAAUCAUUCCUAAAUAUUGAUUUAAAUAAAAUUUAGUUCAACUGGUGGAUUAUUUCACUUGAAGCAGGACAUUUUUUCCUUAAGUGAAAUAGUCUGCCAGUGGAUCUAGAACGUUUUUGGGUUAAAUGUAGUCAACGAUUUUACAGAAGAGCAAUUAAUUCAACAUGUUGAAAUGAUACACAACGUUUUAUGAACUGUGCAAUGCAGAAAGCUCUAGACAUUGUAGGAAAACAAAACAAAAAAAACAUCCUCCUACUACUUCCUGUCGUGUUCGUCUUUGUGGUUUUCGCCAGUAGUAACGUCCGGCUGUUGAUCACGUGACUCGUGUGACGUGAAUAUUUAGGAAAAUACGGCAGAAAAAUGAUGCUGGCGCGAAACGCUUUUUUUAAUUUAAAAAAUUGCGUUUUUGUUUUGGUUUUAAUUAGCGUGUUUCUAUUAAGCUGAUUUUUGUUUGCAUUUCAAUUUGUGGAAUUUUAUGUUUAAUAGUCGUUAGCAAGUAGGUAAAGUUUAAAAUCUAAACAUGCUUUUUUCCAGGCAAGCCGCUGUAAUGUCCUUUAUUAAUCUACACACAUCCAUCAUCCUGCCUCACUGUUCUGAGCCAAGCUUUAUGAAUUAUUAAUGACUGUAUUUAUUUAAUAUUAAACACUCGGCCACUCAGUCUGGCGGCGCCACUGGAGCUAAAACCCAAACAGACGCAGGCGAAUCGUAUCCGCCGCUCUUCUGCAGUGGCUCAGUUCAAGCUUACGCACCAGCAGAGGAUUAGUUUGGUUUUUAUCGGUGCUCUGCAGGACAAUGCCGGCUGCGUGUGAAUGAGCCUCAAACACUCAGUCAAACCCAGAAGAUUCUGCUUUAACCAGACAAAUCGAUGCUCCAAGUCGUGGUUUAGUCUCCGCAGACAGGCAACAGCGGCUCCGGAGAACCAAACUCCUGCACCUGUCCUGAUAGAUUAUUUUUGGAUUUUUCAGUGUUUUUCGUGAUGCUGCUGCUGCUGCGUCCUCCCUCCAUCUUUCCAGCCGCUGCUUCCAGCACUAAUAUGUUCGUCUCUGCUGGACGCCACACACUCUCCAUCUUUACCAAAGUGUCUGUGAAAGUUAGAGAUGCUUAAACAUUAUUGUUUUUGUCCAUGUGGAAACACUGAGGAGUUAAAACAGGCACUGAUUGUAGCAAGAUGGCGACGAUUUCUUUUUAUAACUACCGGUAAAUCUGAUUUUAUUUAAAUUUCUUCUUGUUUUCUUUUCUAAAAAAAGAGACAACAAAAGUGUCUUUUAUUUCAGUUAUUCCUCUGUGUUUUAUACUACUGAGUAUUAGGACCAGGCUUUGAUGAUGUUUAAUUACGAGAAUAAAGUCAGUUUGCUGAAUAAAGCCUUAGUUUUACCUGAAAAUAUGAGAAAAAAACUUGAAUAUGACGUGACCAAUCUGCAGUUUUCUUCAAAAUAAGACUCAGUUCUUUACACAAUCCUUUCAAAGUCCUGAUAAUUUGAUUCUGAUGCGUUUAAAAAAUGAAGUACUUCCUUAUCUGUGAAACUUAUACCAAAGUAUAACUUUAAAAGAUGAACAUCAUUUCUCAUUUUAUUUUUUGUAGUGGAGUUCACAAAAAAUUACGACUUUAUUCUCCUAACAUUAUGACUUUUUCUCGUAAUUGAAAAAUAAAAAGUUAAAGUCCAAAUUAAUAGAAGUUGUAAGACAAGAUGGCGGCUCUAGCUGCGCUGACGUCACUCUGAAAUACGGAAACCCGAAGAGCUUGUUGAUGGGAUGAAAAUCUGAUUUUCCAUAAAUGUAAUCUUCAAAAACCAAAAAUGUGAUAAAUGUGAUUUAUCUCCCAGCCCCAGAUUGCAAGUACGGACUUCCUGAUUUGUAAAGGUUUAAGGUGCCUCUAAAAACAAAACUCACAUAUCGUCAUGUUUUGUCUUUAUUCGGAUCCACUGACUGCUUGACUGUUUAAGACCAAACUUUAUCUGUAGAGAACUUGUUGCCAUCUUUGGUGAGACAUAAAGGUGAUCAGGAAAUGACGUCAUUUUCUGAAGGACUGAAACGAGAAUCUGUUUCUUACCUUAGUUCUGUUAAAACGUCAUGAUUCAGAAAGAGCGCCACCUUUAUUUAGCUGUUGCUUGUUUUGUUUGUACUGGUCCUUUAACUUGUUUGACGUGCCUUGAAUCUGCUGCCGCCUGGUGGUUGAAAUGCGUUGCUGCAUCUUCUUUGUGCUGCCUGCUGAGUCCAGAAAAAAAUUCAGUUUCUUUCUUCUUUGAUUAGAGAGUAGAAAUGAAACAUGGUUUUAUUUUGAAGGCACUUUUGCAGUGAGGUUUUUAGAAACUUCAACACGCUGUUAAACCAUCGAGUCCAGCUGCUCUCUGUAAAAAAGGAAAAGGUUUUCAUGUCAGAGCCGCUUUAUCUAUGCUAUUGUGCGUUUAGAUCAGAGAGCUUCAGCUCUGGUGUCCUGUGACUUUUAGAUACAUUCGUCUCUGAAUAAAAAAACAAAAAAUUUGGGUUGUUGGAUCUGAAAGCUGCAGGACGCCAAACCUCGAGGACUGGAGCCGGUUUAGAUGUUUACAGUGAAGGGAAAGCAACUGAAUCUUUUCUGCAACACUGACAACUGAAUGAUUCAUAUUUUUAUUCAAAGAGAGAUCUAUUUUUUUUUUUAUUUUAGACCAAUGUCUGUAUGUUUUCUAUUAAAUUAAAGAAUCUGCACGGGUGUUUUUGAUUAAGACUUAAAUAAAAUAAAGACAAACGACCAACCUGUGGUCUGCCUCGUUUUUUUUUUUUUUUGCUCUUUACUGAAACAGGUGAUGCAGAAAUCACCAAAAACAGAAAAAGGUUUUCUACCCAAGCAUCCAGGUGAGAUGGAUGAUGUUAUUUAAAGGGAAUCCAAUAUGAAAAAUUCACAUUUUAUAUGUUUUUGCACUUCCAUAUGUGUUUACUUCUAAACACAGCUCAAACUCCUAAAAAAAAAAAUCUUGUUUUUAGCAAUAAAUUUGCUUUUUGUCUGAAAAAUGAGCCAUUUCAAAAACCUUCAGAAUGUAACGUUACCUAGCAACCCAAGAGAACUAGCACAUUUGGUCAACUAGCUGGUAUUACUGCUGUAUGUCCAGUACAAUGGCUGCUGGAAAAGACAAGUGUUUUGUUGUUAACUUACCAAGCACAUACCACUUAAUGAGUUCUUAUUGGUUGUGCAGGAGGCUCUACUUCCGCUUUUCAAAGAUGCACGGUUGUAUAAUUGGAGUCAAUUUCACAUGGAGUGUAAACGUUGAGUUGGUCAGCGUGGCCAGCGGCAACUUAUUUGGAUUUAAAGAGACAAGAGCAGACUUAAAAUCUUAUCUGAGAAUGAUUUUGUGCACGGUAAUAAAUGUUUUGUAUAGGCCAUAGUCCAGGGGUGCCCAAAGUGGGUCCUGGAGGGCCCAGCAUCCUGCAUGUUUUAGUUCUCUCCUUGGUUCAGCACACCUGGAACCAAUGAUGGCUCGUUGGAAGGCCCAAGAAGAACACAGACAUGCUGAAAAGGUUGUUGUUGCAACCAGGGAGAGAACUAAAACGAGCAGGAAGCCGUCCCUCCAGGACCCACUUUGGACACCCCUGCAUAGACCAAGGUAGCAUAAUUGGUUACUUUUUAAAGAAAGACGGCCUCACUGUAGGGCAGAAGCAUUCGUUAACUGGAGUGUGUUGACUUAAAAAAAACAAAACAUUCAGAGCAGUAAUUAAGCUAAAACUGUAAAGAAUAUAUACUACACAUAAAACUUUAAAAAAAAAACUGUAAAUAUGUUCUACCUGAAACUCAAUAGGUGUAGAUUUAGCUAAAUUUGGUAAAAAAUAAAACUCUCCUAUUCAGCACCUUUUUCUAAGCAAUUAUUUAAAAAAAAGUCACCAGUGGUGUCCAAACUUUUUGUCCCUUUGGCCAAAUGUAAACGACUUGUGAGCCACAAUAUUAAUUAAAUUAAAAAUGCAAAACUUUGUGUUCUGUGAUUUAUUUAUUUUUUCCAGAAAUGGCCCCGGGG